AUGGCCGGUCAGCAGCUGAACAGCCCAACCGCUGUGAUCGUACGCAACGCGCUUCUAUCAGUGACGGGCUGGGAUCUUCUGGACGACGAAGAUGCUUUCUUCGACAAAGGCUUGGACUCUCGCCAGGCGCUACAGAUCACACGUGCUUUGCGUCAGGGAUUGGGUCGCCCGACUCUUUCUCUUUCCAUAGUUUACAAGAAUCCCACAGUGAAGCAGCUGAGUGAGGCCCUUGCUGUUGGGCGCCAAGCAAAAUCUGAUGGUAAUGCCGACCUCAUCAGCUCGCUCCAGUCUACAUUUACAAGUCGUGUCAAGUCCAUUCCCGUGCCUACAGCUGGUAAAAAGGCCGUUCAGAACCCCAUCGGUGUCGUCUUAACCGGGUCUACAGGAUACUUGGGGGCAUACGUCUUGCAGUCACUUCUGGACCGUGAAGAUAUUGGCCACAUCUUCUGUCUUAAUCGUGCUGAGGAUGGCGGUAAGGCUGCACAAGCCAGAAAAAUCGGCGAUGCCACCCAGCUUGAGACGCGAGUGACCUUUCUCAAGGUGGACCUAGCUUCCCCUAAGCUUGGGCUGGACGAUGAUGUAUACCAGAACCUCACUCGUCGUGUUAGUGUCAUCAUUCACAUGGCAUGGCCUGUAAACUUCAUUUUUGAGCUACAGGCCUUCCGCCCUCACUUGGAGGGCGUUGUCAAUCUCUGCUCUCUGGCAGCUGCCUGUUCCCACCAGCCUGCCAAAAUCGUGUUUGCCUCAUCGAUAGCCGCAGUCAUUUCCGGGAAAGGCAAGAAUGCUCCCGAAAGUAUCAUAGAUACGCCUCCAGCCACCAACCAAGGCUAUGGGCAGAGCAAGUAUAUAUCGGAGCACAUCUUGGAUGCAGCAGCCAAGCAUCUGGGAAUAUCUGCUAUAGUUGUCCGCAUUGGGCAGAUGGCCGGCCCUGCCCGCCAAAAAGGUCUUUGGAAUCCAACGGAGUGGUUCCCCAGCCUCAUCGGCAGCUCACUGUACCUGGGAAGCCUGCCGGACAGCCUUGGCGCUCUGGGCGAGAUUGACUGGAUUCCAUCGGACGUUUUUGGUGAUGUUAUUGUAGAUGUCACGACCGGAGGGAGCGAGGAGGAGAAUAAAGGUUCAGGGGCACAGGUAUUCAACCUGAGAAACCCCCAGGUUACCCCCUGGGCGGGUCUCACUCCAACGGUUCUGCAGGCCGCCAAGGAACUACAAGGCAAGGGUCUAGAACUUGUUUCACCCACUCUCUGGUUGGAGCAGUUACGCAAGAGUCUUGCCGAUCUCAACGCUGACGGCGAUGCUAAUAAGCUCACUGAGGCAACAGCAAAGAACCCCGGGCUCAGGCUAUUUGACUUCUACACUCGCAAUUUGUGGGCAGAUGGGAUUCAAAGCAAUCUUAUGCAAGUUGGCCGUGCGACUGAUCUCAGUCCCGCGUUGCAGUCGCUACCAGCAGUGCACUCAACGUGGAUGCGCAAGUGGAUGGAGGAGUGGGCGAACCAGAACAACUGA